UGGCGAUUGGAGGUGCAUAGUGAGUCGUACAUUUCGCCUAAAAAGCGUCGGUGAUAUGUCGCGAAAGCUGUGAUUAGCGUAAAUAGGCGUUCGCAGAUAUAUUGAAAACAUAUUGAACUAUAAAGUGCGACAUACUAUUUUACUAUAUGUACGCCGUUGUAUUUUGGAAUGAGGAACCAAGGUGUAAAUUAGGGAAAUAAAGCAAAAAAAUGUUUUCCUCCGCAGCGGCUAUGUUUAGACUAGUCGAACUGAGUGUUGGCAUCUUCGUUGCUCUCUACGUAUUGACCAUAAAUGCUGUGUUUGUUAGCUAUGGAGUUUGCAACACACCCUUCGGAUUGCAAGGUCAUUGCGUCCCCCUAUCGGAUUGCCCAACGCUAUACGGCUUAGUUACAGGUAAAAAUUUGAACAAUCAAAUUAUACAAUUUCUGCGUCAAAGCUACUGCGGUUUUGAUACCAAUGCAACGUGGGGACAGGAUAAAACACGCGUGUGCUGUUUAGAUAAUCCUAAUGCAGAGAAUCUGGAAGGGGACUCAGGUAAACUGCUGCCUUCAAAAGGAGUUUGUGGGGUCACUUUUAAUACGCGUAUUUUUGGUGGCGUUGAUACAGAGCUGGGCGAAUACCCGUGGUCAGCAUUGAUAAAGUAUCAAAGGCCUUAUAACGCCAUGGCUCUUAAUUGUGCCGGCGUGCUCAUCAACCGACGUUACGUGCUUAGCGCCGCACACUGCCUUAGAAAUCCCAACAUACCUACUAGUUGGAAACUCGACAGUGUACGCCUGGGCGAAUGGAACAUCAGUUCAAAUCCCGAUUGUAUUCAAACUGCUGAUGGACACAGUCGGUGCUCAGAUCCAUAUGUAGAGGUGAAGAUCGAACGCAUCAUUAUCCAUGAGAAAUACAUGCCACAAUCACUAUCCGAAUUUUACGACAUUGCAUUGAUUCGAAUGGCGGAGAAUGUGAACUACUCGGAUAUGAUACGUCCCAUCUGUCUACCAAGCACGAAUGAAUUACGACAGAUGACAUUUGAGAAUGAAUACGCAGACGUGGCCGGUUGGGGUCGCACGGAGGUGAGCUCCUACAGCACAGUGAAGAAGAAAAUUUCGCUAAUCAUUUGGCAUACGGAUGCGUGUGAAGCGCAAUUCAAAAAAAUUAACAUUCCGGUGAACCAAACCUUGCAAUUAUGUGCGGGUGGGCAAGCUAAGCAGGAUACAUGUCAAGGCGACUCUGGAGCGCCGCUGACGAUGCGUGGCCGUGAUAUGAAUGCGCCGUAUUUUGUCGUUGGUAUUGUGUCAUUCGGUAUGCAGCCAUGCGGCUUAGAGUCUUGGCCAGGGAUUUAUACACGAGUUACACAUUAUAUUGAUUGGAUUAUGCAAAAUUUGGAGGACUGAUAGUCGUCGACUAUGUGCAAUAACCAGUGAAGUGCAAUGUAUGCAUGUAUGUAUGUACAUUAUUGCCAGUAGUGCAGAUGAAAACAGUAUAUUAUUGUUUAACGAAAAUAAUGUGUUUAUUUUAAAACUUUAUUCAUAGCUAAAGAAAAUAAAUUAAACAUUUUAAGCUAUGCUUUUGGUUGAGUUAAAGGUUUUAGCAACUGACUGGAGAGUUUU